AUGGCAGAAAAUCAGGUGGCGCAAAACCCAAGCAACAGCAGCAGCUCCAACACCACCCGCCGUUCCCGCUCUAUCUACAGCACUGAUCGGGAUUUGGAGUCAGCUUCUUCGCUUUCUUGCCGUAUCUGCCUUGACAGUGACACCAGAGAAGGCGACCAACUCAUAGCUCCUUGCCGCUGUAAAGGCUCCCAAGAGUUCGUCCAUAGAGAAUGCUUGGACCACUGGAGAUCUAUCAGAGAAGGUUUUGCUUUCACCCACUGCUCCACUUGUAAAGCAGCAUUUGGAUUACAAGUGAAAGAGGUGAAAUAUGACAUUGUCACAAGACUAAAGCACAAGCUCUUUGUGGUCAAGGAUUUUUUUGUUCAUUUCCUGAUUGCACAAGCAUGCUUGGUGGGUAUAUGUACAUUGUGGAUUACGAGGGAGUGA